AUGCCCAGCGACCGCGAGAAUGGUUUGUCUUCCCCGCUGCUGCGGACCAAACCUUCACCUGAAGAGGAGCCCACCAGCCGGCAACGCAAUCCUUACAUGGAUUGGUGGCUGCGCAAAUGGCGGCUGAUCUUGUACACGGUGUGCUUGUUGGUAGCUUCUGUCGGGAAUACAGUUUUUUUCAAAAGAAUGACGUCGGCCAUGCCCAACUACGGGUGGUAUUUGACGCAGCUUUCCACACUUAUCUAUGUGCCGUUUUUUGCCACGCUGGCCGGCACUGGGAUUACCCAGCAGGUGGAUUUCGAACUGGUACGAAAAUUCGCGCUGAUGGGUGUUUUCGAUGGCCUCAGUGGCACCUUCAUGGUUCUCGGAGGUGUGCAUACUUCGGGCACGUUGCAGGUCCUCUUGGGCCAGGCUGUCAUUCCAGUGACAAUGAUGCUGUCGGUGAUGCUACUCCGCAAACAGUACCACAUGCUGCAGUACUUGGGAGCUACUACAAUCGUCAUGGGCAUCGUGCUGGAUAAGGUGGUGGCAACUAACGUCCCCGCGGACUCAAUGGACUGGGUUUAG